AUGAAACAACAUCUUGCGGGUGUGAAAGGAAAUACAGAUGCGUGUUCACAGAUUCCAGGAGAUGUGCGAUUUAAGAUAUUGAACACAUUAAAAGAAAUUGAGAACAAGAAGAAGAAAAAGCUUGUUUUAGAUGAUACGAACGAUGGCCCUGAAAAUCAAGAUGGUGAUGGAGAUGAUAUCGAAGGUGAUGUUCGCCCAAGUCAAAAGAGGAAGAAAAAAGGUAUUGAUCUACAUGAAUACUUUAAAAGAGGUGUGCAUGAUCCGACCCAACCAACUAUAAAAGCUUGUAUGCAAAGUAAAGAGAGAAUACAUGAUGUGGACAUGUCUGUUGCAUUGUGGUUUUAUGACGCUUGUAUUCCAAUGAAUGCCGUGAAUUCUCCACUUUUCCAGCCUAUGAUGAAUAAGGUAGCAAGUAUGGGUCAUGGAUAUGUGGGGCCUUCAUACCAUGCUCUACGUGUUGGAUUGUUGCGUGAUGCUAAGGUGCAAGUUUCUUUGAUUAUUGAUAAGUUUAGGAGUACUUGGGCCACUACUGGAUGUACUCUUAUGGCAGAUGGAUGGAAGGACACAAGACAAAGACCGCUAGUUAAUUUCUUAGUUUAUUGUCCUAAAGGAAUCACAUUUCUCAAGUCAGUUGAUGCUUCUGAUAUCUAUGCAAGUGCUGAGAAUUUAUGCAACUUGUUUGUUGAAGUUGUGGGUAUGGUCGGUCCAGAAAAUGUAGUUCAUUUUGUAACUGAUAGUGCACCCAACUACAAAGCUGCUGGAAAGCUUCUCGCUGAAAAGUUUCCCACCAUUGCUUGGUCUCCAUGUGCAGCUCAUUGUAUCAAUCUGAUUUUGGAAGAUGUGACAAAACUACCUUCUGUUCACAAUUUAGCGCAUCGGAUGUCUAAGGUAACCAUUUUUGUUUACAACCAUAAGUCGACUUUAAAUUGGGUCAGAAAAAGACCUGGUUGGAGAGAGAUCAUUCGACCUGGAGAAACACGUUUUGCUACAACUUUCAUUGCUCUACAAAGUCUCUAUCAACAUAAAGAAGAUCUACAAGCUUUGGUUACAAGUACAGAUGCUGAACUCAAGCAGCUUUUCAAGACGUCUAAAGCAAAGGAAGCUAAAUUGAUUAUCCUAGAUGAGCGAAUGUGGAAUGAAUGCUUGAUAAUCGUCAAGAUUAUGACUCCUAUCAUUCGAUUGUUACGCAUUUGUGAUGCUGAUGAUAAGCCUUCUUUGCCAUAUGUGUAUGAAGGGAUGUAUCGAGCAAGAUUAGGCAUUAAAACGAUGUUCAGAAAAAGAAAACCUCUCUACCAACCUUAUACAAACAUCAUUGAUAGAAGAUGGGAUCAUAUGUUGCGCCAUGAUCUUCAUGCUGCAGCGUAUUAUUUGAACCCAGCUUUCAUGUAUGAUCAAACUUCAGUUUGUGAGAAGCCUGAAGUUAUGAGUGGGUUAAUGAGCUUAAUUGGAAAGCAAACAGAGAACAGCAAAACAAAGCUCGUUCAAGAGCUUAGAUCUUACAGAGAACGUGAAGGCAGCUUUUCUCCUGAUAUGGCUCUUACUUGCAGCAAAACAUCACAGCCAGAUGAAUGGUGGAGAUAUUUUGGUUAUGAUGCUCCUCAUUUGCAAAAGUUAGCAAUAAGAAUUCUUAGUCAAACUGCUUCUUCAUCUGGAUGUGAGCGCAAUUGGAGUGUGUUUGAGCGGAUUCAUACCAAGAAGAGGAAUAGAUUAGAGCAUCAACGACUUAAUGAUCUCGUCUUUGUUCACUACAAUUUACGUUUGCAACAAAGGUCAAAAAGAAAAAGAUCAUAUGAUCCUGUUGACUAUGAGUCUAUUGAUAAAACAGAAUUUUGGAUUGUUGAAGAAGAAGAAGCAGGUGAACUUGAAUAUGAUGAAUUAGAGAAUGCUCUUGCUGAGGAAUAUCCCAAAGACCAUGAAGACACAAACCCUGAAAAGUCUAAUGAUAUUGAUGAAGACUUCACUAUGCCACCUGAAGAACAUGAAGGCAAUGGGGGUAGAGACAACGAAGAUUGGUUGUUGUGA